CCAAUAAAAAAAAGCAGAGAGAGAACAAACUCAUAAAAAAGUAGAAUUAAUGGGAAAGGCUGUGGGUUUACCGAAUAUUUGAAUAAAAUCGUAAAUUAUUUACACAUAUUUUGGUCUACGAUUUAUUUAUCGUUGUGUUAAUUAGGUUCUUAAGAUUGCGAAAUCAUUUAUAUAAUCUGAAAUUUAAUAAACAUUGUUUUGAGUACGGGUCACGUAAGUAAAAAUAUUUUCUAGCACACUUGCAAAACGGUCAGAUUACAGUUUACAGUGCAUAAUGUCAAUAAAUCAUAAUAAUUUGUUUGUUUGUAGUUAAUUAGCUUACAGUGCUUAGCCUUACGAACGUAAUAUAGCGUUAUUCAGUUUGACCUUUUUGCAAGUCACAAGUCUCAAGUUGUCUUUGCAGAGAACACUGGAAUACAUUAGCAGCGCUGCCCGAGGUGGUAUCCUGCGGGUGUAUUAAAGCGGUUUUGCUACAGACUAGACUCUGUAUAAACGAUCAGAGGCUCUAGUCUGGCGCAACUCUGCCACAUCUCCGCGGCCGUAGCGCACGCCUUUCACGCGGUCACAGAAUUACCGAAAGUUUACAUCGAGCGAUGGUUGGAAUCCAACUGUUGAUACACAUUGGAUUUUAAGUUCCAUCGCUAGUUGUGGACUAUCUUACUCCAACAUAAUUUAUGUGAAUAACCUCAAAGGUAAAACCCUUCAGGUGUUUGUUGACACUUAGUGCUGGAAUACUGUUAGGACUGUACCACCCCCCACUUUGUUUCUGUAAUCAUUUAAAUCAAGAGUAGAUGUUCAUAAUCAUGUUAGGUUGUAUCCUCAUAGUCAGCUCUAGAGUAGUAUUAAAUCAAUAAAUUGUUUGUGCCAUGGAAGACAAUCAAUUUGCAUUUGAAGCACAUUGUAACAUGACCUGCUUUCACAGUAUUUGCAGCUUAUGUUUAGUCAUCACAAAGUAUAUGAGUAUAGUCAAGUUAUUAACUAACUACUAGAUAAAUUCACAGAAACUAGGUAUUAAUAGUGAUAAGCAAGGAAACAACUAUAAAACAGAGUUAAAGUCUCUUGAAUAAAACAAAUUGAGUGUCACCAAAACUAUAUUUUUAAGUAAUUAUACUGUAUUGUCACUUCAGUGUACAUAACUUAAUUGAUUAUUGUUACUAUUGUUUAUAUUAUGUGCUUAGAAACUGUAAAACCACACCCAGUUAAGAAUGAGUAACUUUUACAAUUAUAAUUCUAUUUGUGCAGAUAAUAUAAGCUACAUAAUCCAAUCCUAGCCUCUCUCAUCAAUGCAAAUAAACAAUUAAAGUAAUAAAUAUUUUAGACAGAGUGAAAGAUGAGUGAAGAAACCCAAUUGGAAGUACCAGCGGCAAAAAAGCUAAGACUGAAUGACGGUGAAGCAUCAAGUAGCCAGGCCUGUACUUCCUAUAUGUUCAAAGAGAAUCAAGAGAACGGGGAGGAAAAGUUUGGUAGUGAGGAUAGCUACGGUAACUUUGUGACUCCUGAAGAACUGGAGAGGCUGAGAGAGUUCAAGGUGUUGGACGAGGUCAAGUCUAAUGAUGAGGACAGCAACGAUGAAGAAUCUGAUAGCUCUGACGGUCUGCCAGAAGAAGAGAUCGAGAAGAUGCUGGAGGAAGACCUUCCGGAGGACUUCAAGGGUGCUCCCAAGCAGAAGGAGAAAGCGUACAUUACUAGACAAACUACAGUUCUAGAAGAGAAGGGUGUGAACCACUUCGAGGUGCUGCCCCUGGACUGGAUCAUGGUGCGUCACAUCAGCGGGAUGCCCAUCUACAUGCACCGCGCCACCAGGGUGUGCACGCUCUCCAAACCUUACUUUCUUGGAUCGGGCAAUACUCGGCGUCAUGAUAUACCGAUUAGCGCCAUACCAUGCUUUGCUUACCGCCGAGCUCUUGAAGAGGAAGAAAAGCAGAAGGAAAUUGACAAAAGGAUUGCAGAACAGAUCCGUACGGGCAAUUGGGUCAUUAACUCACAGUCUACCAAGAUAGACUACUGCGAGAACAGCCAGGACAGUAGCACUGGUACAGCAACCACUGGCGAUGCUAUAGAGCUACAAUGUGACAUUGUAAUGAAGGAAGACACCAAACUUGAAGACUUCACAACUGAUAUAACAGCUGAUGCUGUUAAUGGACAAGAAAUUGCGAGUGGGAAUAAUGAACUGGAAAAUCAACCUGGAACAUCUAAGAACGAAACACAACUAGUCAGUGUAAUAACUAAUAAGGAGAAUGGUGAGUGUCCUAGAGACCUACAGCGGAGACAGCCGGUGGUACUGCCGGGAGGUAUAGUGAUGCCGCCGCCGCGGGUCGAGACCGUCAGCACCAGCUGGAAGACGCAGCAUCUCUCCGCUGAACAGAUCAACGAAUACUGCCGACGCCUGUUCAAGUUUAAGACUGUUAAUAUCAUGCAUUUCAAACGUUGGGCUGAUCGCCGUAAGUACACGAAGGCUCGGAAGACGCUCCAGUACCCCACGCUACCUGAGGGCACCAAGCUGAUCACUAUCCCUGCGCAGCCGGCCAACACGGGAGAAGAGAAUGCGGGUGGUGGUAAGACGACCAAGCGCGACUGGGUGAUGAACAUGAACGGGCGCAGCUACCUAUCUGUGUUCCACGAGUAUGUGCGUCGAGCGCUGCAGAAACAACCCGUCUAUGAGUUCAAACAACUUGGUAAGUAUUUUAUACUUAUUUGUUGCUAUUUGAAGAACUCCAUACAUAUACUUAUACCCGAGAUGAAGGAUGAGUUGGACGAGCACGCCCCUAACAACGCGCCCAAUGAUGCUAAUGAACCUGACUUCACCUUCUUCGACUACGUGGGUAUCGAGGACCCGCGCAUCACGGAGUUCUGCGCGGCGACGUGCGAGCCCUCGCCGCACGCCAUACUGCGCACCUGUCUGCUCAGGAACUUCGGAGCUGGGGACCGACACAUACAUACUGAGAUGAAGAAACUGGAGUACCAAAAGAUCGAGCUGACGAUGAAGGUGGGCAAACACACGGCUACCGUCAUCAGCAAGAACAAGAAGAUGGCCAAGCAGCGAGCUUCCCAGUCUAUACUACAGGCACUACACCCACACGUACGCUCAUGGGGCUCGCUACUCCGUCUGUACGGCUCCCGUUCCGUCAAAAGCUGCAAAGAGAAGAAACUAGAAGAACAGCAGAUCACUCUGCUACAAGACAAGGCGCGCCACAACGAGCCCAACUACGCCGUCCUCGACAAACUGAGGAACGAGAUGCGUAAGCUACGGGAGAGAGAUGAAGCCGUUGUACCUAUCGGGACCUUACUAGUCCAUGAGGACCUCCCCACGCACUCAGGGUCUAAUCUGAAUAACGUCGAUCUGUGAUAGAAAUAUUCUACAAAUGCUAUGAUUUGUCUGUGGUUGAAACAGGUUUUUAAUACCAGUUUAAACUGGUUUUUGAUAACACAAAUGUCUCCAAUUUAAUUCAAUUUUAGGAGAUAAUUCAAAUAUUAUUAUUUUAUGAAAGUUGAGUACAUACUUUCUGUACCUGUUUUCAUUAGUUCUGACUUUGAAACCAAUCUUAGUUAUAGUAACUUUAAAUGCAAUUUAUUCGCACGAUUAUAUAAAGGUGAAUGAUAAUAAAAUAUGAUGUAAUAUUCUCUUGUGGAGGUUAUUAUAAAAAAAACAUGUGAAGCUGCCAAUCUUUUACAUGAGCUUCAAUUAUUAUUUUGGUGGUUUCGACAUUAAUAGUCAAGUAAGGUGUAACUAUUUAUUCGAACUAGAAUAUAUUCCAGUCAAUAUUUUAAAGUUACGUACUUAACGUGGUAGGUAAACAGUGGUAAUGUAACAAAUGAUAUAAUUAACAAAAUCAGCUAUUAUAAAUAUGUAGUAUAGAAUAUUAAAGUGUUGAUAUUGUGUCUGUUCAUCCGUAGUGUGCUGUGCUAUGCUAGUCUGGGGUACAAAUCAACACACGUUCAAUCUUAUGUCUAGUUCAAUAUUAUUUACGUUUGGUUAGUUGUGCCUUAAUUUUGCUCGAGAUAAUGUGUCUCAUUCAUUAGUGAUAUAAGUUUCCUAUUGUUAUAUGUAACUAACAGCGCUAUAUCCAAUGGGGCCACUCUCUUACUGGUCUGUAUCUAUUCUAGAAUUCCUUUUCUAUCCUAUCCUAGUGUCUGUCUUCCUAUUCUAGUGAUCUUCUUCAGGUAACCUAAAUAUCCAGUACUUGUCUAUGUGUGAAAGAAACUCGUGGCAAGCACUAAUCAAAUCUUUAGUCAUGUUUUAAUUGCAAUAAUUAGAUGUUAUUUGUCAGGCAAAUUAUAUUUUUAUAGACCUUGUAUGGCAUUUAUAGUAGGCUUAGCAUUUAGCUCAGUAAAGUGACAUAAUUUUGUAUGUUUUCUGGGAUUAUAAUAUAAUCAGCUAUCUACAGAAAUUGGUAAAUUAAUUUGUGAUGUAACAGGAAUGAGAAGUUAUUAAUACAUUUAUUGAUAUCUUAGUUUAGGAUAAGAAUAACGAUUAUUUUAGACUGUAGACUCCAAACUGACGUAGUCACUAAUUUCAUCUUUGUGGUAAUUAGAACUUUAUGUGGAAUGUGCUAUAAUCGAAUUUGCAACUAAAUACUUUCGUUUAUACAUGUAUAUUGUAAGUAUGAGUACCUAUCCUUCAAACAUAUAUUUUGCACUUUACAUAGUUUUAAUGAAAUAAUAUAACUGAAUGUUCCUUACUGUAUAAUUUGCGAAAAAUAAUAAUUCUCAAUCAUAUAUUACUAACAUAUUGCAGGUUUUAUUCAAAUGACAUUUUGUAUGUGUUUAGCAAUAGUUUUUAACUUUCUAGUAAUCUCGAUGACGGUCUAAUUAAAAUGUAAUUGCAAAGAAGUACAGUUCUCUUUUUCAGGAACGAAUAUUAUUAUUACAACCAGUGAGCUUGGGAUACACGGUGUUUUAUAUACAAAAUGGUUAAUAUGUAUCACAUAUUAAAAUAAUUAUUUUACUAAGUUAAUUUAAUAAAAUCAGCUAAAAAGCUUUAUCCUUCUCAUAAGUGGGGUGUUUAUUAUAAAAGAUAAUUAUUAAACAUUUAAUUGUAGCAUAUAUUUGUGCCACAUUUGUACGAAACUUGAUUUUAAGCUAUUCUCUUCCUUUAGCUAUAGUUAGCCUAGGUAUAUAAAACUAUAAUUUGGAAAUAGGUCAUGUAUUUUGUCUAGUUUUGAACUUAAAAUCAAUGUAAUGUAAGACCUAAGCUACUAAUAUAAUUUAUUUACUAAGUGUCAAUAAAUAGUCCAAUGUACUUACGAAUCUUUGUGAUAGGUAGACAUAUGUAUGACUAUAGGUACUAAAUGUGACAAAAUGUAUUAUAAUUUUUGCUUAUAGAUGUUGAAUCUGAAAGUUUGCGUGCAUGAGCAACUUUUAAAGUAAACAUGUAAUUGUGAUUAAUGAAAAUAGCUACAUUUUUGAUGCGGAUGAUAUCUUGUACUUCUUGAUCAAAUAAUGAAAUGUAGGAAAAAAAUGGUCGUGCGCUUACUACCCACCGUCUCAUUGACUGCUUUAUCUAUUAAAAUGGAAAAUUCAUGAAUGAAAUUGUCAAAUGAACACUGCUUUUACUAUAUUAGUAAGUGUAAUGUAUAAUCCAUGCUAUUAUAUCCUGCUUUCCAAUAAAUAAAUAACGAUAUUACUCUUC